UCAAAUAAUUUCGCUCGCGCCUCGCGCCAUAUUGAUUUGUGUUCGCGCUGCCUUCGAGAAAUAGUGAAAUUAUUUAUCCCAUUGCUAUGAAACUACAGCAAUAUUCGUGUUGAUAGUAGGAAACUUAAGAUAUCGUGUCAGUGAUCGGUGAUUAACCAUGGAUCCUGCUAAAAUGAAAGUGGUGGACCUGAGGUCCGAACUCGGAGCCUUGGGUUUGGAUACGAAAGGGAAUAAGCCGGCGCUUGUAGAGCGCUUGAAAAAGGCUCUAGAAUCAAUGACUGGGAAAGUUCUUCCCGACACCUCAAUCUUGGACACAUCAACGGAAGACCUGGAUGAGACGGGCACUCCGAGGAGAGCUGGCCCCGCCGCCCGGACCCGCCGCAGGUCGUCAUCCACCAGGAUCCAGGCCACUCCAGCUAAGGCACCGCGGAUUGAAGAGCCUCCGGCUAUUGUCGAGGAGGAGCCCCCAACUACUGAAGAGCCUGCAGCUGUUGUUGCGGAAGAGCCCAAGGAGAUUCCAAAGGAGUCCACACCAGAGCCAGAACCGGUUCAAAAGCCUGCAACCCCUGUCAAAGAACCAGAGCCAGAAAAGCCAGCAACACCCGUCAAGGCCCCAACACCUGUUAAGGCACCUACACCGGUGAAAGUGCCGUCUCCAGUGAAAGCAGUGACUCCUGAGAAGCCGAAAGAGCCAGAGAGAGCUCCGUCACCACCCAAGGAAAAGGAGUCGAAGCCGGAUACUGGAUCGGAGCUGUAUGAGCCAGGACUGGACUCUGGAGAUGAAGGGGCUGAUGAUGCAGGGAGCAAAUCCCCACCUCCAGCUGAAGAAAAAGCUGCCCCCGAAGAGUCGAUGGAGACGGAUCAGGCUUCGGAGGAGAAGAAAGAUGGUGAUGAGGCUGGCAGUCAGCCGGCCGAGGGAGAUGCUGAGAUGAAGGAUGGAGAGAAGGGCGAAGAGCGUCAGCGUUACAUGACAGAAGAAGAGGAAUGGGACGAGCUGAACGAGAGACUGAAGAAGAAGGAAGAAGAGCGGAUCGAGCGAGAGAAGCAGCAGGCGGAAGAAGACGCCAAGAAGUUGGAGGAGGUCAGCAAGGACCCCAUAAAGCUGCAGCGUCUGAAGCGCAAGCAGGAGAAGAAGAAGCGCUGGAGCGACUUCUACAGCAACGUGGCCAUCACCAACGAAGUGCUCACGCCGCCCACGGAAGAGCCAGCGGCCGUCGCUAAAGGCAAGAAAGACGAGGUGGCCGAGAAGAAAGUUACCGAGCCUGAACUUGAUGAGGACAAGAUUACUCUGUCUUGGUACGACAGCGACCUAAACCAGUACAUCGAGGUGCCAGACCUGACAUCAGUAGUGCCACUAACCGAGGGCGCGUUCAGCCACGCGUGGGCCGGCGCGCGCGCCUCGCACGCCGUCAAUAAGGGGAAAGUGUGCUUUGAGGUGCGCGUGGGUUCUGUGGUCAGUGCGUCCGAAGACGGCACGAUCACCAGCGGGAUCCGGGUCGGAUGGUCCACCGAUGACUCGUCCUUGCAUUUAGGCGAAAGCGAGCUGAGCUGGGCGCUAGACUCAUCCGGUCGCGCGGUCAACAACGGGGAGUUCAAGGACUACCUCGGCGAGGGGAAGGCUCUCGAGGAGAAGGACGUCGUUGGCGCUUAUGUUGACCUAGACUCCAGUCCGUGCACUGUAACCUUCACGGUCAACGGGGCGGACGCGGGCGUCGCGUACCAGUUCGACAAGACGGCGCUGGGGGACAAGCCGCUGUUCCCGCAUGUGUUGACCAAGAACCUGUGCUAUAAGGUCAACUUUGGGCAGGAGAAGUACAACUUCCUGACCAAGACCAAGAUAGUCCGCCACCGCGUCGAAGUGCCCAUCGAGCAAGUUCUAGAAGAGAAGAGACAACGCGAAGCCGAGAUACAGAAGGCAAAAGACGAGGCAGCCAGGAAGGAGACGGAGAGACGAGAGAGAGAUAAGAGGGAGAGAGAGGAGCGAGCUGAGAGGAAGCGACAGGAGCGUGAGAAGCAAGACCGCGAGCGCAAAGAACGCAAAGCGCAAGAGGACAAGGAGGCCGGCGUAGUUCCCGAGGAACAGAAGGAGACAGAAGAUGGAGAGGGAAUCAAGAAGGAGACAGAAGAUGGAGAGGGGGUCAAGAAGGAGGGAGACGAUGCGGAGAAGGAGGGAGACGUGGAGAUGCCGGCUGCUGAUGAUGCUAAGGAGAAUGGAGCAGAGAAGCCCGCAGAAGCAACUCCUCAAGAGGAGACCCCGGCCGAAGUGAAGACCGAAGAGAGUCAAGAUGCAGAGAUGAAGGAAGAGGUGAAAGAUGAGAAAGAGUCAGAGGAGAAACCAGAGAGCGAGGCAGAAGGCCCCGUCCCUGAAGUGACCGAAGAGGAGAUGUCUACCGCUGGCUUUGUACUGGACAAGAGGAUCAAGUUUGUCAUCAGAUUUAACGUGACAGAAGAGAUGGACGGGUCAGAGCCUCCACUGCUGGAAGGCUACGUCUUCAUAGCGAGUGCCGAGCUAGUACCUGGGCCUAGGAGGCCGCUCACUAACGCAGACUGUGAGGUGAUCCUAAUGGUGGGCAUGCCGGGCGCCGGCAAGACGCACUGGGCGCGGCGCCACGCGGCCGCUCACCCCGAGCGCCGCUACAACAUACUGUCUACCGGAGCGCUGUUCGACAAGAUGAAGGUGGACUGUAAACCAUUCCGUGCGACCUACGAGGGACGAUGGGACGCUUUGGUGUCCAAAUGCGCGAAAUGCGUGCUAAAACUAUUGGAAUUCGCGCAGACGAGACGACGAAACUAUAUUCUGGAUCAGACGAACGUAUACCCGUCGGCGCAAAGGCGGAAAUUGCGGGAUUUCGACGGAUACCGGCGAGUGGCCGUGGUGAUAGUCCCCGAUGAAGCCACCUACGAGGAGCGACAGAAGCAACGCGAAGAGGCAGAAGGCAAGGAGGUGCCCGACGGAGCGAUCAUGGACAUGAAAGCAAACUUCUCGCUGCCGGAGAAAUGCUCGUGGCUAGACGAGGUGAUCUAUGCGGAACUGGACGAAGAAGAAGCUAAGAAGGUUCUCGAAGGGUUCCACAAGGAGGCGAAGGCUGCGGGGGUCAAUCGCGAGAGGGAGAAGAGAGACCGUUCGCAGUCGCGCGACGGGCAGCAGAAUAAGAGACACAGGUCGAACGACAAGAGGCAUAAUAGAGAUGACAGAAGGGGAGGCCGAGACGGCGGGAGGAGCGAUCGCAGUGAGGACCGCUGGGGCGGCGGCGGCGGCGGCGGCGGCGGCGGGCGCUGGGGCGGGCGCGACGCGCGCGGCGGCGGGGGCGGGCGGGACUCGCGCUGGGGCGCGCCCCGCGACCGCGGCCCUCCGCCCCCGAACAGGGGCGGUGAUCGGUGGAACAAUCGCGGCGGCAACGACUUCGGCGGCGGCGGCGGGCGCGACUUCGGGCGCGACGGCGGUGGGUUCCGCGGGCGCGGGCGCGGCGACCGCUCCGGCGGGCCUCCGCGAGACAGGAACCAGGGCCCGGACCGGUUCAACCGAGGAGACAGGCCGAAUGGCGGCGGCAACAACCCGGGCGCGGGGUCGUGGCAGCGCGGCGGGCAGAUGAACCAGAACCGCGGCCCGGGCGGCCCCGGGCAGGGCCCGAACCGCGGCCCGCCCGGGCAGAGGUCCGGACCUAUGCAGAAGAACGGCGGUCCCCCGAACCAGGGCGGUCCCGGCGGGCAGCAACAGAACUGGAACCAGUGGGGCGGCUGGGGCAACUGGGGGAACUGGGGCAACCAGAACCAAGGCAACUGGGGCCAAUGGGGCCAGUGGCCCAACUGGCAGCAGGGCCAAGGCGGCCAACAAGGGCAAGGCCAGGCGGGCCAGCAGGGGCAAGGGCAGGCGGCGGGCAAGGGGCAGGGGCAAGGACAAGCGGCGGCCGGGCAGGGGCAGUGGCCGGCUAACUACACUGCUCAGCAGUGGUACCAGUGGCAGCAGUGGCAGCAGCAGCAGGGGUGGCCGGCGUACCAGGGGCAGCAGGGCCAGCAGGCGAGCACGCCGGAGCAGCAGCAGAUGUGGGCCCAGUACUACCAGAACUACGGCGCUAACGCGGCCAACGCCGCCGCCGGCGCCGCCGCGCCCGCCGCUGACAAGAAAUGACAUCCAAGAGACAAGUACGACAAGCCAGACAAACGAUGAACACUCACAC